AGCUAAUGAAAAAUGAACACAACCAUGCUCUCUAGCUACCCAAAACACUUCACUCCCCUCCCAAUACAACUUUUCUCCAAAUCUCAAUAUCGCCAUGUAGUUCGUUUUCCCAUCAAAUGCAGCAGCAGCAGUGAUAAUGGCAAUGAAUCGCAACCCGUUACACCACCAAACACGGUGGGGAUUCGAAUCAGAAGACGUCCGUCAAAACGACAAAGGCAGAAGGAAGAAGAAAUAAUUAAUGCAGGGAAACAAGCUGUUAAACCUAAACCACCACCUAAGGAUUGGGAAUCAAUGAAUCUGACUGAGAAGGCAAUUGAAUUGUACGUCGGAGAAAAAGGACUUUUGUUCUGGCUAAACAAAUUUGCUUAUGCUUCUAUUUUUAUUAUAAUUGGGGGUUGGAUACUUUUUCGAUUUGUUGGUCCUGCAUUUGACCUUUACCAGUUGGACACUCCUACUCCUCUUGCUCCUGAAUCUAUGUUUAAAGGUACAGAAGACAAACCUUGAUCCAUUGGAAAGUUCAAGUUUGAGAUCAAAU